AUGCCCUCAGCAAGAACCUCAAAGAAUCCGAAGAAAACAAGGACCAAAAACUCCAAUACCAUCUUGAUAAUCGUCUUGCCUUCAUCCUUUGCUGCUAUAUCGUUGCUUCUUCUCCUGGUUUACUGGAUACUAAGGAGACUGAAGAGGUCACCGGAUUCAGAAUCCAGGCCUGUGAACUUCUUCCCCAAGAUAUCCUACCAAGAACUGCUGAAAGCUACCUACUGUUUAUCAUCACAGAACCUCAUUGGGUCAGGCAGUUUUGAGAGUGUUUACAAGGGCACUCUGGGUUCGGAUGGAACAGUCGUUGCAGUUAAGGUUCUCAACCUCAGACGGAGUGGAGCCGCUAGAAACUUCUUGGCUGAAUGCGAAGCCUUGAAGAGCGUCAGACACUACAACCUUGCCAAGGUGUACACCUGUUGCUCACUGUUAACUCAAGCCACAUAACGUCCUUCUUGAUAGCGACAUGACUGCUCGUGUUGGUGAUUUUGGUCUAGCCUGAGUAGUUCCCAUGUUCGGAGCAA